AUUGGGAUGGUGUAUUCGCUAACUUUUAAAAUAACAUUAAGCAGAGACAUCAACCAUGGCUUUUUUGGCUUGAGAAAGUGUUUUUUUGAAGGGUUGGAAAACACCGAAAGUGUCAACUAUUUUUAAAAUUUUUUACGGCGUCUAUUAAACUGCAAAGAUUGCAAUAUGAGUUUCUUGAGCAACAACAGCACGGUUCAUGUGGAACUCCGAAUCAGGAGCAAUGGGAGCGCUAUGGUAGGUAAAUCCACCUACGAGGCGGCUUUGCGUGACUAUCUGCUGUACAGAGAUGUGCAGACCAAUACGGCUUUUCUGCCAGAUUUGCCUGAGGAAGCUUGUGCAGACCUGCAGAGCGUACUCGUGGAGCACGACAAUGGCGAAAGAAAGCCUUUGGAGGAGACCGGAAACAGAUUCCGCUUUUACUUCUACAAAACUUUAAGCCCAAAUCAAGGUGGGCUAUCAAUCUUCAGAGCAGGCGGCGAAGGGAUUUCAGAUGAAGUCGAAAGCGUCGAGGCGGGCAGUCACAUUCUUCUGCCCGCCAGCCAGUUUGUGGGCCUUUGGGAGAGCCUGAUCUACGAGAAGGGACUUAAGGAGAAGCUGUUGAAGUUCGCUCUGUCGGCACUGACGUUCUCACAACACCGCCUGGACACUAACGUGAUCGCCUGCAACCGCCUGCUCCUGCUCCACGGGCCGCCGGGAACGGGAAAGACAAGUCUCUGCAGGGCUCUGGCCCAGAAGUUGGCCAUCCGAACCCAGGGGCACUACCGCUUCACCCACAUGGUGGAGAUCAACAGCCACAGCCUGUUCUCAAAGUGGUUCUCCGAGAGCGGCAAGCUGGUGGCGAGCCUUUUUACCAAAAUCGGGGAGUUAGUGGCGGACAGCCACAACCUGGUCAUCGUGCUAAUCGACGAGGUGGAAUCACUGGCCUACGCCAGGAGCGCUAUGUCGAGCAACGAACCAAGGGAUGCCUUGCGCGUGGUAAACGCCGUGCUCACCAAGCUAGAUGCCUUCCGGAACUGCCCAAAUGUUCUCAUCCUAGCCACCUCCAAUCUGGCGCAGAGCAUCGACCUGGCCUUCCUGGAUCGCGCUGAUAUCCGGCAGUACAUUGGGUACCCGGACCUGUCCGCCAUUCGAGCCAUUUACAAGACCAUGCUGGGCGAGCUCAUAACGGCGGGAGUUCUUCAGAGCGAGGCCUUGGAGGCUGAGGAUGCUGAGGAAGGUUUGCUGACCAAAUUGGCCGAGAUGAGUGUCGGGCUAAGUGGUCGCACGCUGCGCAAGUUGCCCCUUUUGGCUCACGUUCAGUACGCCAGUAGCAAUCUCUUCGAGGUGGAUGAAAAGAUUAGUCUGGCCGACUUUCUCGACUCCAUUAUGAUGGCCUUGGAGCAACAUUUGGAGGAGAAGCGCCUGCUGGAACUGGAUUCCCUAGAGAAGCUCUAAAGGCAGGAGCAAAAAGUACAGCCACAAAAAAGAGUUCUCUAUGUCUAUCAAAUACGAAUCUUUGUUAACUUUUCUAUUUUUUAUAAUAAACAAUCCGAGGCACAGGACCAAUCUCCACUCUGUUUGCUGCCUCGUUUCAUUUGCACACGA